GCUUAGCAUUCCAAUGGUCAUAAUUCACGAUAGAAACAAACUGUUUUCAAACUUUUGAACCAGAUCGCGUUCCAUUGCAAAUAGGUAUGCAAAAAAUACUCGAAAAACUUAUCGAUAAACCCAUUCAUCGAUUUUGUUUGAAAGCGUCGCUGAUGCUUAACAUAAUCUAUCCUUCGCGAGAUCACAAAAUUUUCCAAAAGAUUCACUUAUGGACGUAUCUCUCUUUCAGUACCGUCUUCGGUCUCACGCUGUACGUGCUUUAUUUCAUCUACAACACUACAACGAGCAGCCAAAAAAUCUUUUGUGGUAUGUUCAUCGGCGCUUGUUCGAACGCGUCUUUCUUGAUCAUGAUCAAUUACUCGAAUCGCGAAAAGUUUCUUAAAUGUUACCAGAACGUGUUGGAUUACACAACCGAUCGAGUUCAUCAAGUCGCCGAUGCACUCGUAGCUACCAAGCUUUUCUACUUGCUUGUGAUAUUUACGAUACAAUCGUCGAUGAUUGGGCUAUAUCCGCUCGUCUUGGCCGCGUUUAGCGACCAACCUCUUGGCUCAGAAUUGACUCUGGUUGUUACGCAGUAUUCGUUUUGGGACCCUAGUACUUCUUACGGGUACCUGUGCACUGUCAUAGUUCAGGCGUGCAAUAUAAGCCUGCCUUUGUUCGCGCUUAUGGGUCAGACUGUUUUCAUAUUCACCAUGUACCUGGUGUUCGAGGGCCUUCAUCACGAGUUUGUCGAAAAAACACGGCGAAUGGACGAUAACCCGACAGAUUCCGUAAACGAUUCGAUCACCGAUGAGAAAUACUUGAAGGAAUUAAUUCUUCGCCAUCGAAAUAUCACAAUGAUAAUCCAAGAUUAUGCCCAGGCCAUAGAAUUCAUGAUAACCAUGACAAUCUCUAUAAAUAUUGUGUUGGGCACAUUUACAGUUUAUAUUACCGUGUUGACGCCGACAAACUAUUAUCAGAAUUUAAAGAUGCUCGCUAUAUCGUCGUUACUUAUAAUGUUCGCAGUUCCAUGUUACAUCGGAGAAUUCAUCUCGCAUAUGAACGGAGAAUUUCAAUUCGAACUGUACAGCACGAAUUGGUACAAGAAAUCCAUCAGGUACCGGAAAGAAUUCUACAUUUUUCUGAUGUUUCUAGACAGAACAUUUACUAUUAACUUUUUCGGCAAGUACGCCGUGAAUUAUGCCUUGUUCUUGAGUGUACUGCAAAAGAUAUAUUUAAUCGUGCAAUUCCUUCUGAUAAUGAAAAAAAAAGGUGCUCUGUAAUUAGAAUUAGGUACGUUCGUUUCGUUAAUUUGUUUCAUGUAAUCGCACCCGAACACCCGAUUCUAUCACAAAAUAAAAUAAAUACCAGGGCCAGGUACCUGUUUUGUCAUAACU